CCCAUACCCUAAUUCCAUUAUAUAUCUCCUCCCCUUCUUCUCCCUCUCAUCCUCUCAAAACUACAAUCUUCUUCUUCUACUACCAUCGAUCGCUCGACCCGACCAUGUCUCUCGCCUCCUCCUCGUCUUCCAUCGUGUCGUCCACCUUUCUUCUUCGUCCCGACAACACCAAUCUCACUUCAAGAGGGAGGUUGUUGCUAAUCACAGGUUCGCUACAACGCCACCGGAGAGACACUACCAUCAGCCAUAAACAUUGGAGCACCAGUCGGAAUGCUGUUCUGAGAGAAGAGAUGGAAGCAACAGCGGUUCCGACGUCGGUGCCGGUGCGUGUAGCUCUCGAGCUUCUUCAAGCCGGACAGCGAUACUUAGACGUAAGAACCCCUGAAGAGUUCAGCGCUGGGCAUGCCCCUGGCGCCAUUAACAUCCCCUAUAUGUACAGGGUAGGAUCAGGAAUGACGAGGAACCCACAUUUCUUAGCUGAGGUGGCAGUUUAUUUCAGAAAAGAGGAUGAAAUUCUUGUUGGAUGUCUAAGUGGGAAGCGCUCUCUAAUGGCUGCAGCUGAUCUUCUUGCUUCGGGGUACGGGAACGUGACGGACAUAGCGGGUGGAUAUGAAGCUUGGUCCCGCAAUGGACUGCCCAUGGAAUUGUAAAUAUUUUUGUGGACCUCACCUUCCCCUAAUUUUGUACAGCCACCACAAUUUUAUUUAAUAUAAUCUCCACAAAAUAUCAUAUAUUUUUCAAUA